UAAAAACAGGAACUGUGCUGAGUUAAAUCAAACACCAGAGACAUGCUCUGUAUCAUUUCGGAGUGAAAGCAGGAGGGGAAGGGAGCAACUUUUCGUCCUUGAGAAGAAGCUGCGUCUGUCUGAACUUUGCUGAAGGGAAAGAUGACUUCCACAUACUCGAGCCUUCAUGACGAUUACCUCUCCAGCAAAGGGAGGUCCACCGGCUGCCUGACCUUAGCGCUGGUGCUCGGCCUGCUGGUGGUCCUGGGCAUCGUUCUGGCCGUCGUCGUCCUGGAGAGGCCUCCGCCCGCCGGAGAAACCUUCCCGCAGGACACGGCCGAGGGGGGCCCCCCCGCGGAGCAGUGCAGCAUGGCCCUGGUGGAGAGCAUCCCCCAGCAGCUGGAAUAUGGGGCUAACGCCACGUUUGGGGUCCCGCUGGCUGAAGUCUGGAUGGACCUCAUCUCCAGGGCAACGGAUCACGUGGAAGUGGCUUCUUUCUAUUGGACGUUAACAGGCGACGACAUCAACGUCAAUUCUUCCUCUGACAGUUUUGGCAGAGAAAUCCUGGAGGGACUCGGAGAGCUGCCCUCCAGGAACGUCUCCGUCCGAGUGGUGACCAGCGUUCCCAGCGUCAGGACCAACUCCACCGAUCUGAAGAUCCUGAAACAGAAGGGGGUUCAGGUGAGGCGGGUGAAUUUCGGGCGACUGGCGAAUGGCGUCCUCCACAGCAAGUUCUGGAUCGUUGACAGGAAGCACGUGUUUGUUGGGAGCGCCAACAUGGACUGGAGGGCUUUAACGCAGGUGAAGGAACUUGGAGUGGUGGUUUACAACUGCAGCGCCUUAGCGAAGGACCUCUUAAAGGUGUUUCAGUCUUACUGGGUGAUGGGGGAACCCAACAGCUCCCUGCCGCAGCCCUGGCCCGCCCAGUUCGACUCCACCAUCAACAAACGCCACCCUCUGCUGGUGAAGGAGGACAACGUCUCCAGCAGUUUGUACCUGACUGCGUCCCCGCCGUCCUUCUGUCCUCCGUCGAGGACUCAGGACCUGGAGGCGAUUCUCUCCAGCAUCUCGGAGGCGCAGCGCUUUGUGGACGUGGCCGUCAUGGAGUACUUCCCCACCACCUGUUUUGAGCACCCUCACAGAUACUGGCCGUUCAUCGACGAUGCCAUCAGGAGGGUCGCAUAUGAGAAGAGGGUCAAGAUCCGGAUGCUGAUCAGCUGCGGGCGGGACUCGAGUCCGGGCAUGCUGCCUUUUCUGCAGUCUCUGGCUUCAAUAGAUUCACCUCAGCAUCAUCUGCACGUCCAAAUAAAACUGUACAUCAUCCCUGUGGGAAACAUGUCCGACAUUCCAUUCUCUAGGGUCAACCAUAACAAAUACAUGGUGACGGAUAAGGUGGCGUACAUCGGUACAUCCAACUGGGCGGGGGACUACUUUCUGACCACAGCUGGUGUUGGUCUGGUGAUUUCCCAGCACGCUCCUCAUCCCGAGAGGAAGAACAGGACCCUGCAUGGCCAGCUGAAGGAGGUCUUUGAGAGAGACUGGAACUCAGAGUUCUCUGUCCCCCUGGCUGAGCUCGGGCACCACCCAGACUGUGCAUUAUCAACAUGAACAAAGUCAUAUUCAUGUGUGUUUUCUUAUCAAGACUACAUUUCAAUCAUCAUUUUGUGUAAGACAAUAUAUAUGUCAGAAUCAACCAUGUGUGUUACUUUCUGUUUUGACACUUUAUGCAUAAACCCACAGACAUAAUGACUCAAUUACUGAUUUUUCUUUAAACGUAAGAUAUGUGUUUUUACUGUAUAAUAAACUAAUUUGUAAAUAUGGA